GCCAGAGUGGUUUAACAAGAAGGGGCGGCUUGCGGUGGCCUGCCAGUGGCGGCCUUUGGGAGGUCUUCGUGGAUGAGAAGCUGCGUCUGAAUCCUGUCGCUUGUGUAUGCCGGUUCCGUGCCUUGUGGUUCCGACUCCACGACUCCGACUCCACAGCCCUGCUCUCAACACCCCCCUUCAGUUCUCAAGCAUUGGGACCACUGAAUCUUUCAGGAGGUGUCUUCCCCCCCCCCAUCUUGAGGCCGGUUAUCUUUGAAGGUGUGGCUGUUUGUCUCGCCGAGAGGGAAAGGGUCCUCCCUGCCAGAUCUGGACUAAAGAGCCCUCUGCUUUGGAAUCAUGCUGGAGACUGACGGGAACGAGUCCACGCUGGCAGAUGUCUCAGAGUUCACGGGUGAGGGGGAACCAUCAGAAGUGUCACCAGGAGUUAAGGAGCAGAAAGAGGAACGGAAAGAGCAGAAUGGAGCAAAGAGACAAGAGGGGAUACAAACACAGAAUCCGGGGUGUGAAUCCAGUGGGGGGGAAACGUAUACAUCCCCUGAGGAUGGAGAAAGUUUCAGCCAUAGAUAUAGUCUGACAAAACAACAGAAGAGACACACAGAAGAGAACCCUUGUAAAUGCCUGGAGUGUGGAAAGAGCUUCAGUCAGAGAGGUUCCCUUGAGAUACAUCAAAGAACUCAUACAGGGGACAAACCUUACAAAUGCCUGGAGUGUGGAAAGAGCUUUGGUCGCAGUACCACCCUUACUUUGCAUCAAAGAACUCAUACAGGGGCCAAACCUUUUAAAUGCUUGGAGUGCGGACAGAGCUUCAGUCUCAAAGGCAACCUUACUUCUCAACAAAGAACUCAUACAGGGGACAAACCUUACAAAUGCCUGGAGUGUGGAAAGAGCUUUGGUCGCAUUACCACCCUUACUUUGCAUCAAAGAACUCAUACAGGAAAGAGCUUCAGUCAGAGAGGUUCCCUUGAGAUACAUCAAAGAACUCAUAUAGGGGACAAACCUUACAAAUGCGUGGAGUGUGGAAAGAGCUUUGGUCGCAGUACCACCCUUACUUUGCAUCAAAGAACUCAUACAGGGGUCAAACCUUUUAAAUGCUUGGAGUGUGGACAGAGCUUCAGUCACAAAGGCAACCUUACUUCUCAUCAAAGAACUCAUACAGGGGACAAACCUUAUACAUGUUUGGAGUGUGGAAAGAGCUUCAGUCAGAGAGGUUCCCUUGAGAUACAUCAAAGAACUCAUACAGGGGACAAACCUUAUACAUGUUUGGAGUGUGGAAAUAGCUUCAGUCAGAGAGGUUCCCUUGAGAUACAUCAAAGAACCCAUACAGGGGACAAACCUUAUACAUGUUUGGAGUGUGGAAAGAGCUUCAGUCAGAGAGGUUCCCUUGAGAUACAUCAAAGAACUCAUACAGGGGACAAACCUUAUAAAUGCCUGGAGUGUGGAAAGAGCUUCGGUCACAGUACCACCCUUACUUUGCAUCAAAGAACUCAUACAGGGGCCAAACCUUUUAAAUGCUUGGAGUGUGGAAAGAGCUUCAGUAGGAAAGGCAACCUUACGAUCCAUCAAAGAACUCAUACAGGGGACAAACCUUAUACAUGUUUGGAGUGUGGAAAGAGCUUCAGUCAGAGUGGUUCCCUCAAGAUACAUCAAAGAACUCAUACAGGGGACAAACCUUAUACAUGUUUGGAGUGUGGAAAAAUCUUCAGGCGUAAUCACCACCUUACAACGCAUCAAAGAACUCACACAGGACAAACCUCAUAAGUGCUUGGAGUGUGGAAAGAGCUUCAGUCAGAAUAGCCAACUUCAGAUACAUCAAAGGUUCCAUACAGGUGACAAACCUUAUAAGU